AUGAGUUCUGGGAUAGUGAUCCUUCUUGUCGUCUUCCUUGUGGUACAAGCUGCUAACGCUGCUCCGCAGUACUCGGACCCUCUGGCAAGAAAUUUCAUGCUUCCGCUGAGUGCAGCGGCCUAUUCGGACCAGCCGCAGCAAUGUCUCAGCCGACUGUUCAAAAAUGCAACACCGCCACGACUAGCAAAAUUUACAGCCUUCAUCGUUCAAGUCACCUGUGUCACUGUGAUAGCCCUUGCAAAAAAGGCACCACCUGCUACCGGCGGUAUCACUGCCGUUCUCCACAACGAGAAAGCAAUUGUGCUGAGUUUCAGCUUCAUUCAUUCGUUUGUAGCACGAGAGCAAUGUGAAAAAUUCCAGGCAUCGUGGCUUUUUGGUGGCAGAAUAUCCGCGUACUUCAGCGAUGCAUUCAGCAAAAUCUGGAGCCAUGGGAUGGAUGCCGAUUUCCGAGCAUUGAGAGCAAUGUAUCCAAAUACGGAAAAUUUUUGGGUUACUGGGCAUUCUCUUGGGGGAUCAGUAGCAUCACUGGCGGCUUCUUUCUUAGUUGGAUCACGUCUUGCAAAUUCGAGCGAAGUCAAACUGGUCACAUUCGGACAGCCCAGAACUGGGGAUAUCUCUUUCCGUUCAUCACAACAAUCAGGUACGUUGGAGUACUCAUUUCGUGUGACUCACUGGAGAGAUAUUGUACCGCACAUUCCUCUGGACCAAUUGGCGGAUACUUUCAUCACAAACAGGAGGUGA